AUGAAAAACGAGAAUUUUAGAGAAAGUAAACUUAAAAAUACUUUAUCUAAUUCAUUUGAAAAAGACAACAGUUCAGAAGAUUAUAUAAAAGAAGUUUUGACUCCAUUAGGUGAUGUUUAUAUAAUAAAUGAAAAAACUAAUGAAAAAUUUAUAAAAGGAACACAAAGAAGUGAUGGGACAUUUAGAAAAAAUAUUCGUGUAAGAACCGAUUAUAUGCCACAAGAAGAAAAUUGUGUGUAUAAAGUUAAAGGAAAACUAUUAGAAGAACAAGAUAGAAGUAAAAAUAUAAAUAUAAAUACAGAAGAAGAAAAUAAAGUGCAUAAAAAGAAAAUUCCAGGAUGGAACCCUGUAAAUGAACAUGAAAAUGAGAACAUAAGCAAUAUAAAAAAAAAAAAAAAGAAAAAAAAGAAAAAAAAAAUUUUAAAUAACCAAGAAUCAGUAAAUUAA